UAGACAAAGGGGAUUUUUUUUUUUGUGGUCGUGUCGUACGGAAUAGGACUUUGAUAUUUUUUUGCGGCUGUUUAAAUGCUGCGCACGCUAUAUUUGUUUCCAAAAAAAAAAAAAAAAAAAAAAAAAAUACAUUUUGUUGACAGCUAGCAGUUCCCGGAUGUUGCAGUCAACUGAGGCCUGCUUCUUCUACUACACGCGUGUAAAAGCGUCUGAGCGCAUUCAAGACACUGAUAGCGUGUCUAAAAAGCGCAAGAGUCAUGUUUGGCUCAUCGAGAUCAGGAGGGGUGAGAGGGGGUCAGGACCAGUUCAACUGGGAUGAUGUGAAAGUGGACAAACACAGAGAAAAUUACUUGGGGAAUUCCCUCAUGGCACCGGUUGGCCGCUGGCAGAAAGGGAAGGAUUUGACAUGGUAUGCCAAAGAUAAAAAAGGUGACGCAUUGCUGUCUAAAGAGCAGGAGAUGGCAGCUGUGCGGGAGGCAGAACAUGAGGCCAUGAUGGCAGCGCUGGGCCAUAAAACAAUCAAACGGCAACCAACCGGGCUUACCAAAGAGGAUCUUGCAGAUGUAUGCAGGAGAGAAGGGGAAGGAGAUGAGCGGGAUGUGGACAGGAUCUCUGGCCUUGGAAGUUCCAGGGCUGGGCAGAGAGGAGUGCCACUUUCCAAGCAAGAGAAGGAAGCAGUAAAAAUGGGUUUACCUGUCUUUACACAUCACAAAGCUGGUGGACCGCAAGAAACAACCAGUAAGAUGCCAGAAGAGACCAACAGACAAGAUGGAGAUAAAAGAUCUGAGAGCAGUAAGAAGAGCAAAAAGGAAAAGAAGAACAAGGAGAAGAAAAAGAAGAAAAAAGAGAAAAAGAAGCACCGUAAAAGGGAAUCAUCUUCAGAUUCAGACUCUGAAAUCGACAGUAAAAGGCGGAGAAAAGAUCCACGGGACCACCACAGUCCUAAUCCAUCAAGGAGCAGUCAGAGUGGAGCCGGAGCUCGUGACAGCCAUUCAGUAGGGGGGCCAAAGGCCGCCCGUAGGAGCCCGAGCCCCCAUCAACAGCACCGCCGCCGAAGGCGCGACAAGGACUCGUCCUCCGACGGCCACCAUGCUGGUCGAGGGUCCCCAUCACAAAGUCACCGGCGGCGCCACGACACUGACUCAGACGACUGAUGCUCUUGAGCCCCCCCUUGCCCCCUCUUUUGCCCUUUUAUGGAUCUGAUCAGCCCCUCUGUGAAACUCGGGUCAAAUUAGGCCACAAGGCAUGACGGAGCAAAGAUUUAGAUCCAGCACACUAUGUGUUUUGGGUAAAUUCCACAAAAUUGUCCUGUAAAUGUUGAGCAAAACUUAACUGUCAGAUAAAAUUAGCUUGUGGUGCGUACAGUGUUCUCAUUUUGGAUGCAAAGCGCAACCACUUUUCCUUUAGUUACUGUAUAAAUGUGCAAAAUCUGUCAACUUUAUACUAAAUAUUUGUUUUUCUUUUUUGACUUUGAGGUAAAAUGUGUCCUAAAUAUGUGUUUUCGGAAGAUUGACCCAUUAAAUCUUUUUUUCACUGCGUAAGGAGAGAACUAGAAAUCAAUUUGCCAUAGAGAACAUGUCAUGACCAAACAAAGUAGCAUGUGGCACCACAAUCAAUUUUAUUCUUGUAUGUUUUGUGAAAUAAACCGUGUUUUUAUAACACACUGUAAA